ACAAUCACGUCAUGCAGCCCAGACGAUGGAGAAAGAGCAGGCGAACCAGACAGGCCACACACAGACGCCCUCCGCGGCGAAUGGAAGCGGCUCCCUUUCCUUCACCUCCUCCCUCUUCCUCUUCCACCCCCUCGCUCCCGCGACCAUCGUCCUGCCAUUAGUUACCCUCCAAAUCGGAGCCUCCUCGGAUCAGCCGCACCCCAGUUCUCGGGCGCGCGGAGGUCGUACAGGACGGCGACAGGCCAGACCUCGAUUGGGACCCCAGACCUACUUUGCAGGAUGGAAGAGGAAAUAGACACCCCUAGAGAUUAUUGUUCUAAGCCAUGUGGGCCACUGGAGGAGUACCACAUUCCAGAUUACAUUCUGAAGCCAGAUGCUGAACAAGUGAUUGUUGAUCAUGCUCCACAAUGUCCAGUAAUAGUGUUCAUCAACUCCAAAUCUGGCGGCCAACUCGGAAGUAGUUUGAUCAAAACAUACCGUGAACUUCUCAAUGAAGCACAGGUUGUCGAUCUCUCAGAAGAGGCUCCGGAUAAGGUUUUGCACCGUUUAUAUGUCAAUGUUGAAAGGCUCAAGAUGGAAGGAGACAUUCUCGCUGUUCAAAUUUGGAGGACUAUGAAGUUAAUUGUUGCAGGUGGUGAUGGUACAGCGAGUUGGCUGCUUGGGGUAGUCAGCGAUCUUAAGCUUUCCCACCCACCUCCAGUUGCUACCGUACCGCUAGGAACUGGAAACAACCUUCCCUUUUCAUUUGGAUGGGGAAAGAAGAAUCCUUCUACGGACCAGGAGGCUGUAAAAUUGUUCCUUGGGCUCGUUAAGCACGCGAAAGAGAUUAAAAUUGAUAGUUGGCAUCUGAUUUUGAGGAUGAAAACUCCAAAGGAAGGUCCAUGUGAACCUAUUGCUCCCUUAGAAUUGCCCCAUUCACUACAUGCAUUUCACCGUGUGUCAAAUUCUGACUCCCUCAAUGUGGAAGGUCACCACACAUUCCGUGGAGGAUUUUGGAAUUACUUUAGUAUGGGGAUGGAUGCAGAAGUGUCUUACGCAUUUCAUUCUGAAAGGAAGAGAAAUCCAGAGAAAUUCAAAAACCAGCUGACAAAUCAGGGUACAUAUGCUAAGCUCGGACUCAAACAAGGAUGGUUUUGUGCUUCUAUAAGUCAUCCGUCAUCAAGGAAUAUUCCUCAAUUUGCAAAAAUCAAGGUAAUGAAAAGAGCUGGUGGUCACUGGGAAGAACUACACAUUCAUCACAGCAUUCGAUCAAUCGUCUGUCUCAAUCUGCCUAGUUUUUCUGGAGGUUUGAAUCCAUGGGGCACACCUGGCACGAGGAGAGUAGAGGACAGGGAAUUUACGGCGCCUUAUGUCGAUGAUGGCCUUCUUGAGGUUGUCGGGUUCCGCGAUGCUUGGCAUGGGCUAGUCUUACUGGCCCCUAAUGGGCAUGGCCAUCGCCUUGCGCAGGCACACAGGAUCCGCUUCGAGUUCCACAAAGGCGCAGCGGACCACACGUUCAUGAGGGUUGAUGGGGAGCCAUGGAAGCAGCCCCUCCCGAAGGACGACGACACCAUUGUUGUUGAGAUCUCCCACCUCGGCCAGGUCACCAUGCUAGCGAACGAGCCAUGCAAGUCGAAGAGCUUCAGUGACCCGUUGUCGUCGCAUGGUCAGGACGGCCACCAGCACGACCAUGAUGAGGAAGACGACGAUGAGUGGGAGGACGGCAAGAGGAAAUUUGGGGCAGCGGAUACGUUCAAGCUCCCGGACGAGAUCGACAUUGCUCAUUUCAGUUGAUCUGCAUCCGUUCUGAUCAUAAACAUCAUACCCUGAUUGUUCACAAUAUUUGUUCAGUAAAGUGGUAUUGCUACAUGCUAAUUGCUUCAAGAAAGACAUGUAUAUGUGAAAAGCCAAGUCAUAUCAGCGUUUUCUUUUUGGUUAAAUACAUUUUUUUGGUAAUUAUUUAAUGUAUAGGUUCUGAUUCUUGAUAGGGAUACGCACGCUUGCUCUUGUUUUUGGAUCUUGUAAAUAAUGUUGCUCUGUUUUCUGUAGAUUUGAUUCGUUGAGAGUUCUUGUUCCAGAAGUGGAGGGUAUGUGUUGCAGUAUUUGUAGUUCCUAUCCAAAUGAGAUUUAUCUUAUGUACUAA